AUGAACGUAAAUCUCGUGGAUGGAUCCUACCUGCUGCUGCCGAUUUUCACGAUGGACCUUGGCACUUGGCCAAUCAUGCGGACAGCCGAGUUGCUCCUCUAUUUUCCCGCUUUAUUUCUCGUCGUCGUCACCUCCAGAAUCAUGCUGAAAAAUCGAGCUUUCCAUAUCAAUAUGACUAUAAUUAUCAUCGCUUUUUCGGGUCAAUGGUUUGAAUUAUUCAUCGCCAGGUUAUUACUGUUGCCCUAUCAACAGGGUUGGAUCGAUAUUUCCGGUUAGUCUUGCUUGCACCCGACCCAAAACGACUUGUGCUGAGUUUAGAGUCAGAAUGAUAAAAGUGCACCCGACCCAAAACGAAUUGCGCUGAGUAUCAAGUAGAAAAUAAAAGUUCUUGGCACCCGUCCAGAAACGAUUUGUAAUGAGUAACAAGUCAUAAUGUCCAAAAGUUAGGGACCGCAGACGAAUUUUCAAAAAAUUUUUUUCAGCAUUGAGCUUUGUAUGGUUCGAUAGCUGUUUCGAUUCAAAACUCAGAACCGUUUAGUUUUUCAAAAAAGAUUGAGGAUGAAAAAAGUUAUGACGGAAAAGGUGGCGCGCCGCGCACCAUUUUUUUAGUACUGAAAUUUUGGUAUUAUCCAUUUUUGACAUUUUUUUCGAUUUUUCUUCUAGAACAAAUUUUGAUACUGGUCUAUUAUGAUGUAACAAAUCAUACUAGAGUGCUAAAAUGAUGCUAAUCAGCUAGUUUGUCGAAAAAAAGUCGGUAUUUUUCCAGAAAACAAAAAAACUGCCGCUUGCGGGCAUCGAACUCGCUACCUCAAAAUGUAAAAUCGGAGCGCACGCGUUGCGCCAAGCUGUUAGGUCCAACGCGGGAGCUUCCAUCCGCCAUACCCUUUGAGCCGUUUGAAUAGCACAGAUUGUCUAUUUCAAAAAGAAAAAAACUUGAAGUAAUUUAGCUAUUUUUUUAUCAGAAUAUGUUUGCAAAUCUUUACUCAAACGGUUCGUGGAAAUUCACUUCGAAAAAAACUGUUUUUUUAGUGCUUUUUUUGCCUCGUUUAACGAUCGCUGCAUUAAAACGGCCCCGUAAAUUUUUUUGGCAAAAGACGAAUUUUUUUAUUUUUAUUCUUUUUAAUUGAAAGAUUUUUUUACUAAUAAAUGUAUAUAAUCGUUUUAAAAAAACCUGCGUUCGACCGCUUUCUGUGUGAUAAACGCCGCUAAUUUUAUCCUCUAGUUUCAAGAGCAUUUUUUUGCGUAUUAAACAACUUUUUUCAAGCACAUAUUCUGUGGAGAAAUAUUUAAGUAAGCCCGUGAUCUAAAUUUUGAAAAAAAGAAAAAAACUCGAUUAUAUUCGCAUAUUAACGAUAUUUUUGAAUUACGACUUUCGGCACUCCCUAAAAAUUUUUUUGGCAAAAGACGAAUUUUUUUAUUUUAUUGUUUUAAAAUUACCGUUACUUGAAUCAAAAAUCAUUAUUUAAAAAAAGAAAGAGUGCGUUCGACCUGAAAAACACAUGAAAAAGCAAAAAAACGACAAAGUUUUUUUAGUUCCAUUCACGUUUUUGUACGACAUUCCGCGCGAACGCAUCAAAAAAGCGUGAAAUAUUUUUUAAACGAAAGAGGAAGCUUUUCUGUACAAGUGUGUCAAAUUUUAUUUGCCAGUUCCACAUAUUUUACAACUACAUCAAAAUGAAAGUUGAAAACCAAAAAAAAGCCACUUUUUCUAUCGCGAAAAGGGGCGUGGCUUUGCGGUCCCUACCAAAAGUUCCUUGAGUUCCGAGUCAGAAAAUAUAAAGUGGUUUACAUCCGACCAGAAAUUACUUGCGCUGAGUAGCAAGUCAUACUAUCAAAAUUCCGUUGCACCCGACCCAAAACGUUUUGCGCUGAGUUCCGAGUUAGAACGUCCAAAUUUUGCUUGCACCCGACCCAAAACGACUUGCGCUUAGGACCAAUUCAUAUAAUCAAAAGUAUCCUGCAGCUGAGUACCAAGCCGAAAUGUUCAAAAGCUGCUUGCACCCGACCAAAAACGACUUGCGUUUAGUAUCUAUUCAAAUUCAAACUAUUCCACAGUGCGAGACAUUCCAAGUGCGACCAUGGAUUUUAACCGUUAUCACCGAAAAUUAUUAAAGUGAAAAAAUCAUGAGGGGCCACUUUUUUGGGUUCAAGUUUCAAAAUACUCCAAACUAACAAAAACUUUUACUGGAAACUGAAAAAAGAUCGAUGAAAAAGGAUAGUUAUUUAAUAAAAGUUUCGAUGAAACAAAAAUCCGAAAUGCUGUGGUCGCACUUGGAAUGGUUCAAAACGCAGUCAUUUCGUCUUUUUUUGAGUAGUGGAUUUUAAAAAUAAGCUUUUCGAAUCAUGUGUUGCGCCUUUAAUAAUCUCACUGAAUGAAUUUUUUUAAACUUUGUUCCAUUUUUCAAUUUUGAAACAAUUUCUCUUGCAGGAAACACAUCGUUUCGAUUCAAUACGAAUUUAAAAUCACCACCGGUUGAUCCUUGGUUCGAUUUUCCAUUCAUUUUGGGUGGAACUUUGAGGCUUCAUUAUUUAUUCUCAUUGAAUAUGGCUUUUCCUUCAGUUAUUAUGGAACGAUGUAUGGCGACGAUUCUAGUCAGGUCAGUUAAAAAUAAAAAACGCCAGAGUGGUCCCUAUAGGGGCUAGGGGAGAAAACAGCUCUUAUAGGCGACGAAAAAUUGUUCCCUAUAGGGGUAAAAUCCAGGAGGUCCAAAGGGGACCCUAUAGGGACCACUCUGAGGUUCCUGAGUAGACAGUUUUUGAUGAGGAAGUUAUUCUAAAUGCCAAUAAAAGUCCGAUUUUUUAAGAAUUUAGGUUUGAAAUUUUUUCUCAAGUUUAUUUAUUUUUUUAAUUUUUUGACUCAAAAGACGUACUUAAUAAAAAUUAAUCGAUUAUUCCUUUGUUGAUUUUUUUUUUCCACUCAAAAACGCUAUUUUAUUGAGUUUUUCGCAUGGAUAUGCUUCUUCACAUAGAGUUUAUAACAAUAAACGACUAUCCUGACCCCUCUAGGGACCACUUUUGCAAGAUUCAGUGGUCCCUAGAGGGGUAAACUUCAAAGGGCCGUAUAGGGAUCAUUCUGGAGCUACAGGCGAAGCAUGAAGAAAAAGGAAAAAAAAAAGAUUUUUUGAAAAGGAAAAAAAAAUCGAAAGAAAGAAUCAAGAACAAUUCUUCGUUUACUCUUACCCAUUUGAAAAAGCUCCAAAUGGACCGCGACGCGACCGCAACGCUCCUGAAAAUUCUCGAAAAAACCUCCCAACGACCUUUUUCCAGAGACUACGAAGAGAAGUCCAGAAUCUACAUAUCUGCCACAAUCUUAUUAACCGCUCACUUCAUUUCUAUCACUCUUGCCAUAUACGGAAUUUUCGACAAGUUCACUUACAGCUACGGAAUUAUUUGGGCGACGCUAACCGUUAUGAUUUCUACAGCGGUAAGGAAAAGCUCAACGCGCCCGACUAGAAACGACUUGCGCUCGAAUGAGCUCCUGUAAGGUCGGGCAAAACGAGCCAUUCCAAGUGCGGUCAUAGAAAACGGCUUAGGAAGAAGCUCAAUGUGCCCGACCAGAGACUACUUGCGCCUGAAAGCAUUUUAAGCAUUAAAAGUGCCCGUGAAAGGUGGGGCAAAACGAGCCAUUCCAAAUGAAAAAGCUCAACGCGCCCGACUAGAAACUACUUGCGCCUGAAAGCAUCUUCAAGCAUAAGAAUUCGGGAAAAAUCUGGCAAAACGAGCCAUUCCAAGUGCGCGCAUUGGAAAAAGCUUAGGAAAAAGCUCAAUGCUUCCGACUAGAAACUACUUGCGCCUGAAGGAUUUUUAAGCAUAAGAAUCAGUGAAAAAUCGGGCAGCCAUUCAAAAUGCGGUCCAGUACUUGGAAAAAAUAAAAGUUCUUCAGCUUUUUGCCGUUUUAUGGUACUACAACACUCGGGCGAUGCGUGUACUGCAAGACAAGGCCGUUUCGACGAAAUACACCCUGAGUUAUCGGUUUCAAGUCAAGGAGAAUGCGAGGUCCUACGGGGUCCGUUUGAUGAUCUUCCUUUCGUUUUUCGAUCAAAUGAGAAAAUGUUCAGUGGCCACUGUAGAGGCUCGCUACUUGGAGAGGACACUAAAGUGGCCACUAAACGCACCUCUAUAGUGGCCACUAUUUGCCGUUUUAGUGGCCACUGCAGUAGUUUUUCAUCCGGUAUUCCUUCCAGUAACUCUGAUAAUUUUAAAACAAACAGAUUGGACCAGUUAUGUUGAUCCAUUGACCCCUAAAGUGGCCACUAAAACUUUCAGUGGUCUAGUAGUAGCACUUAGACCUCUGUAGUGGCCACUAAUUUUUAACCCCUUAAGUGGUCACUAAUUUUACUACUACAGGGGCCACUAAAACGUCAAAACCCUAUAGUGGCCACUAAAAGUUUUCCCAGAGAGAGAAAAAAAAAGUUAUUCACUACUAACACUUGGAAAUUGAGUUUGAAGUGAAAUAUUUCAUUUAUGACUAAAUAGACUUUGAAAACAAGUUGGAAAAUAAUUAAUUUAUGAGUUAUUAAACUUCAAAAUUUAGUUAAAGUACAUUCAUAACCGGCUAAGCAAUCUUUUUAGAAUUUUCUACCUUUUUUUUUCAAUUAACAUUUAUUUUCUCAAUGAAUUUACCUAGGGACCGCAGACGAAUUUUCAAAAAAUUUUUCGAACUUCAAUAUUACUAUGGUUGGAUAGCUGCUCUAAUUUACUAUUCAAAACAGUUUAGUUUUUCGAAAAAGGUUGAGAAAAAAAAAGUUAUGGUCAAAACAGUAGCGAAAAAAGUCGCGAAAUUUAGUACUGAAAGUUUAGAUUUUACACUUUUGGUCGUUCAUUUUGUUUUCAUAUCGGAUUUAAAUUUUUUAGCAGUUUAGUUUGGUUUUCAAAGUCGUGUCAUUAAAACAGUAUAGAACCACAAGUUUGAAAAGAAAAGCUAUUUUUUCUUGAAAAAUAAAAAAAAUGGCCGCUGCGAGGAUUGAACUCGCGAUAUCAAAACUGUAUGCAAGGGCACUUGCGCUGCUCCACGUCCAUCCCUCUGAGAUGGGAGGCGUUCGCGCUAUACACCACUUCCCCUCAAAGUACAGCAUUUACCGAUAGUCUUGUUCAAAAAAAAAGUUAUGAUAGUUGAACAAUUAUUAGUCACGUGUGUUCGGAGCACCUGAAAAUAAUUUAUUCAUAGAGAUUCAGUUCAAAAUGCUUCCGUUUUCGGUGUUUUUUGUUAUUUUAAACGUUGGCUUCAAGUUAACAAUAAUUAAACUUUUUAGGCACCGCUAAAAUUUUUUUAUUUUAUUUUUUUAAGUGAUUGAAAAUUGAGAUACGCUAAUAUUUAAGAAAUAAAAAAACAGGCGCCAACGACAUCUAACCAUGUUAAAAUAAAUUUCGAAAUUUUUCCCUGUCUUUUUUUCUCAGAAAACAAAGUUUUUCGGAAUAAGUUUUAUAUUAAUAAAGUUUUUAGUUACAAUUUAAUCCACAAGUUAAAAUGAAAAAUUUUUUUACUUACACGCUCUCGAAAGCGAGUACAACAUUUUUCAACUUUGCGCGGCCUCACGAAGAUUAGGCACCGUAAAAAAAUUUUUAAUUUUUUUGUCUUAAAAGAUUUGUUUUUUUCACUUAAGAAUCGAAUUCGAAAAAUAAAAAAAAGGCGCCAACGACAUGGAACUAGGUUAAAAACUCGAAGAAAAAAAGUAGUUUUGGUUUUUUGUACGACACUCCGCUAAAACGCUUCGAAAAUUGGGUGAAAAUUAUAUGAGAUUAAAGAGAAAGGUUUUCUCUAUGUUUCCACCAAAUUUCUCUGUGUUUGAUUCAGUAUUGCGCUUUUACGAAAACAUCAAACACGAAAUCUAAAAAACCAGUGCAUUUCACCAUCGCAAAAAGGGGCGUGGCUCUGCGGUCUCUAAAUUUACCUUUCUAGGUUGCGGCAAGGCCCCAGAAAAAAAUAAAUCAAUAAUUAAUUUCAUUGGAAGUUUUAGAAAAACCAGGAACUCAAAACUCAAUACUAAAACCAAACCUCAAUUGGAUACGUUUCAAAACUUUUAAAUAAUGUGACAAAAUGAAAUUCGCUCCGAUGAAGUUAUAGUUAUCACCGUCAACUCAAAAAUUGAUUUCUCCACAAAGAUAAAGAGCAUUUUCUGAAGCAAAAUAUAAAGGCGCAAAAUCAAAAAUUCUCUUUUUCAAUUAAAAGAUCCCAAAGUUUCAGUUGCUGUUCCGGUUGAUCGCCUUCACAGUUCCAAUCGCCAUGACCAUACUUUUGGCCCUAUUUAUAGCCGCUUAUCAUUUUUUCCCAUUGAAAAUCGAGGAAAUCUGGCUGAAUCUCUUCGAAACUGGCUUCAAUUUGUGA